GCACCAGCACCAGCAGUGGCACUGGCACCGGCAGCACCACCAUUACCACAAGCAGCGCCGGCACCGGCACCACCAGCACCAACAUUGUCACAAGCAGCACCAGCACCAGCAGCACCAGCACCAGCGCCAGCAGCGCCACCAGCACCAGCGACACCGCCACCACCACCGUCACUGCCACCACCACGAUCCAGGCCGCCACUGCUGCGACCGCCACGAAAACCAUGACCAGCAGCAGCAGCAGCACCACCACCACCACCACCACCACCACAAACACCCACACCAGAACUAGCAGUACCGCAGCAACGGCGACAGCAGCAGCAAUAACAACGAAGACGACCUCGACUUCGACAGCCGGUAUAAGUUUCCCAAGUACCACAGGCACGACACAAGUUGCCCUCGCAGCAAGUGCGACGACAACCAGGAGCGUGACAAGUUCCACACACGUGACAGUCACAGGAUCGACUUCCAUUACAGGCACGACUACAACGGCCAGCAUUGGUUCGGCCAGUCGCUCGUUUACGGCCUCGGCCACGGUCACCAUUGUGGCGACUGUCAGCAGCACAACCCCGACCACCACAACUGGCAGUAUACGCAUAACAAUCGCGACUUCCACAUCGUCUGGCCUUGCCACUUCUAUGGACAGCACAAGUGCCACUACUAGCACCACAAGAAGCAGCACCCGCGAUUCCAGUGCUGCCACCACCACUGCCACCAUUACAACCAACCUCAACGGCUCAAGCACCACAAAUGCCAUGGUAACCAGCACGGUCAGCAAUUCUCCGAGCACGACUGCGGGUGCGAGCACGUCUGUAUCUAUGUCGGAAGAUCUAGAUGAUCAUGUGGCGGCAUCAACGACGAGCGGCAGCAACCCCACCGACACAACCGAGGCUUCAACCUCCGUUUGGGCCACCUGGCCGAUCACCGUGUCCUCGUGCAUAGUCUUGCAGCUUUCGCAUCCAGUCGCGUCCUCUGUGGGUUUCCUUGCAGCUCUUCGUUGGGCUCUGGCGGAAGUCGCCGGCGUUGCUGAGGAAGCAGUCUCUGUCAACGUCGAGGGCGUGUUUGCGGAGUGUGGACGUCGACUUCAGCAAGAACUCGUCAACACGUCUGAGAUUGUCACCGGUUACGAGAUCCGUAUACCGACGUCUGCGACGCUGGACCGCGAUUCCGAAGAGAUGGCAGAAAAGGUGCGAGCUGCUCUCAGCAGCGCGACGAAGACAGACAUGGCGACCAAGCUCAAAGAGGCAUUUCUGUCGCAGCCGGAACUGGCAGAAGUGGCCGUCAUGGUGUCCAUGAUGGGCGAGCCGAUACUGGAGGUUCUGCAGACAACUCCAGCGGGAGCCUUGUCCAGCAGCACAGAGUCGAGGUAUCCCAGUCUCGUGCCAGAGGCCAUAACGAUUGGCAGCGCAAGUGCUUCAAUUCUGGCAAGCGUUGCUCUUAUUCUUUGUUGGCGACGGAGCGCCAAAACCAUCAAGACUCCAACAUGCCCUCGACAUAGCGGGAGCGGACAAAGCUUGGCGUCUUUCGUUGGUGUUUCGCCAGCAGACACCAAUGCCACAUCGAUGCAGUCGACAGACGCCGUGCUCAAUGCGACGAGCACCUGCAAUGAGCCGUUGCCUGAAGCUGUGCACCUGUCGCCCAGCAAGCGAUCGCAGUCGGAGGCGCAACCAGAGAGUUGCAAACAGGUGCACUCCCCUCGCACAGCCCGACGCAAAGUAUGGCGAGCAGUUCCUAUCCUGCGCAGGGAGCAUGGUGACGAAGAGGCUUCCAGGAAGAGUCGUGGAAAGCGAACAAAGGCACGCCGCCUGGUGGCAUCGGCCCAGCCGGUCUCGCUGCAGAGUGUAGUGGUGGAGGAUACGGCCCAGGCCAAUGAGGCCAGCGAUGCCUGA